GCAGCCAGCCGGUCCAGAGGGAUGGCUCCCCCGCGUGUUACCGGCGGCUGGGACACUGUUUGCCUGCAUACAGAGAAAGUAAACAUGAGGCUGGAUUUACUGAUACCCAGGACAGGGUUUACAGAUUUACUACAAGUUAAGAAAUGCUUUCGUGAACGUUUUCAGUGAACAAUCAAUUAACAAUGAAAACACAAAAUGAUUCCAAUCUCGGGGAAAAAGUUCUGGAUUUACUGCAUCCUGGUAGCAUUCUUUUUUCUGCUGGUUACUCUGCAGGUGUUUCUUGAACUCGGUAGAUUUGAAAAACAGAAAAAAGCCAGGGCCCUAUUACAAGAUAUUCAAAAGCAUACGAAAUCUCGGCCAAUAACAGAGUAUACAGAGGAGCCUAAUCCCCACGAGGUGUUUGAUCAUGGAAUGAACAAAUAUCCCAUCAUGCUUUGGUGGUCCCCAUUAACCGGAGAGAGUGGAAGACUGGGGCAGUGUGAAAGAGGCACUUGCUUUUUUACCAUCAAUAGAACAUACCAGGAAAAUCCAAUGACUAAAGCUUUCUUAUUUUAUGGCACAGAUUUUAACAUUGACAACUUACCAUUACCACGAAAGUCUUACCACGAGUGGGCUUUGUUUCAUGAGGAGUCUCCAAAAAACAACUAUAAACUGUUCCAUCCGCCGGCCAUCACCUUGUUUAACCAUACUGCUACCUUUAGUCAGCAUUCCCACCUACCUUUAACAAGUCAGUACUUGGAGAACCUUCAGUCCUUGAAGUCUCAUCAAUUCAUGGUUCCAAUACAAAAUAAAAAUAUGUUAAGGAGAAGACUUGCUCCACUUGUGUACGUUCAGUCUGACUGUGACCCCCCUUCAGAUCGAGACAGUUAUGUUGGAGAACUCAUGAAGUUUAUUGCUGUUGACUCCUAUGGUGACUGUUUGCACAACCGAGACCUUCCAGACCAAGUAAACAAUCCAUCUUCUAUGGACGAUGCCCAGUUUUAUCGCAUCCUUGCGCAAUAUAAAUUCAUCCUUGCUUUUGAAAAUGCUGUUUGUGAUGAUUAUAUUACAGAGAAGUUAUGGAGGCCUCUGAAGCUGGGAGUUGUCCCAGUGUAUUAUGGCGCACCCAAUGUCAUGGACUGGUUGCCCAGUAACAAAAGUGCGAUUGUCGCAAACAGAUUUUUUAGUCCUAGAGAACUUGCGGAACAUAUCAAACAGAUGGAUACUAAUGACACUCUGUACAUGGAGUAUCUUGAAUGGAAAUUGCAGGACCGCAUAAGUAACACAAAGUUAGUUUCUGCCAUCAGAGACCGAAAGUGGGGCGUACAAGAUAUCACGCAAGAAAACUAUAUUGAUGCUUUUGAGUGCAUGGUAUGCAAUAAAGUUUGGGACAAUAUGCAUCUGAAGGACAAGGGUUUACCAGCAAAGCAAUGGAAAGCAGAAUCUUCCCACUUGAAUUGUCCAGGACCAGAACUUUUCCCCUUUAUGCCAAGGCAUACUUCUAGGUCAUCCAUGAGAGAGCUGUGGAAACCCAGUUUUGAGCAGUCGAAAAAGGAGGCAAAAGCUCUAAGAAUACUGGUUGAGAGGAACAAAAACUUUACAAACCAAGAGUUUUGGAAUCUUGUGUUCAAGAGCUCAUCAGAGUGAAAUAUGUG